AUGCCUCAGAACUACCAGCACAUCCUUGCCUUGGAAUUUGCUGUCAAAGAAAUAAAUAAGAAUCCUCAGGUCCUACCCAAUGUCACCUUGGGAUUCCAGAUCUAUGAUAGCUAUAUGAAUCCUAGAUGGGCCUUUCACUCUGCAAUGCAUCUGGUUUCCCCAAAGAAUAUAUUUCUUCCAAACUACAAGUGUGAAACACAGGAAUAUCUAAUUGCAAUCAUCGAAGGACUUGACUCAGCAACCUGCCAGAGGAUACCAGAUGCACUGAACAUCUACAAAUUUCCACAGCUAUUGUACAAUUCUUCACCAUUGAUGACAGAUAAUACUCAAAGCUCUUCCUUCUACCAAAUGGUUCCAAAUGAAGCUCAUCAGUUCAAGGGGAUUCUCCAAUUACUUCUCUUUUUUAGGUGGAUGUGGGUUGGAUUAUUAACUGCAGAGGGUAUCAGUUCAAAAUGGAUCACGCAAUUUGUGGUUCCAGAAUUUGCCCGGAGGGGCAUUUGUUUUGCCCUCACAGAAAGAAUCUACAAUAUAGGAAUGGAUAGUAAACAUGGUGGGGUUCAGAUAUGGGCACCAGCACUAUAUCAUAAAAUUAUGAGCAGCACAGCCUAUGUAAUUCUCUUGUUCGGAGAUUAUCGUACGAUAAUCAUUUUGAACUUGUUGCUAACCAUGGAAAUUAGCAAAAUCACAAAACAAAAUCCCAAAGGUAAAGUGUGGAUUUUUACAGCCCAGACAGAGUUAAAAUGGCCAAUGGAAUUGGCCAUAGAAGACUUCCAUGGAGCUUUAGGGAUUGCAGCUCACUCGAAGGAACUUCCAGGAUUCCAAGAAUUUAUUCAAAGCAAAAGUCCUAUCAGCACUGAAGGAGAUUUUUUCAUCAGAGACUUCUGGGCAUCUGCAUUCCAUUGUGUUUUCCCAAACUCUGCUCUGCAUAAUCUUUCUGGAGAUAACUGUACUGGUGAGGAGAAACUGGAGGACCUUCCUGAGGAGCGUUUUGCAAAACAUAUUAUGGGGCACAGCUACAGUAUCUUCAAUGCUGUCUAUGCUGUGGCCCAUGCUUUGCAUGCUAUGUAUUCAUACACAUCAAAACACAGAAGAAUCAUGGAGGGGGGAAAGGAGUGGUCUGAGCAACCAUGGCAGCUCCAUCACUUUCUGAAGCAGCUAUUGAUUAACAACAGUGCUGGGGACACAGUUUCCUUUGACCAGAAUGGGGUAAUUGUAACUGGAUUUGAUGUUAUAAACUGGAUUGUAUUUCCAAACCAUUCUUUCUUCAGAGUGAAAGCUGGAAGGAUGGAUCUCCAGGCUCCAACAGAAGAAAUCCUCACCAUUAAUGAGGAUGCCCUUGUAUGGCCCAGGGGCUUUCACCAGGCACAGCCUGUUUCUUUGUGUAAUGACCCCUGCCACCCUGGUUUUAGCAAGAGGAAGAAAGAGGAGAAGCCAUUCUGCUGCUAUGACUGCAUUCCAUGUCCAGAAGGGGAAAUAUCUUACCAAAAUGACAUGGCCGACUGCUCUCAGUGUGAAGAUGAUCAUUAUCCAAACCAGGACCAGAAUUCAUGCAUUCCCAAAGUUGUAACCUUCUUAUCUUACAAUGAACCUUUGGGGAUAGGUUUAGCCAUUGGUGCACUUUCCUUUUUUUUAGCCACUGUCCUUGUGUUUGGAACGUUUAUUAAGCACCACAACACUCCGAUUGUCAAAGCCAAUAACCGGAAUCUCACUUAUACUCUUCUCCUAUCCCUCUUGCUCUGCUUCCUUUGCCCAUUGCUUUUUAUUGACCGACCUCACAAGAUAACAUGUCUUCUUCGCCAGCCCACUUUUGGCAUCAUCUUCUCCAUGGCUGUUUCUUCUGUGUUGGCAAAAACCAUCAUGGUUCUUUUAGCUUUUGUUGCCACCAGGCCAGGCUCCAGAAUAAGGAAGUGGGUGGGGGAAAAACUGGCCAGUUCUAUUGUUAUUUCCUGCUCCAUUGGGCAAGCAGCUAUUUGUCUCUUCUGGCUGCUAACAUCUCCUCCAUUCCCUGAUGCUGACAUGCAUUCAGUAACUGGUGAAAUUGUAUUGCAAUGUAAUGAGACAUCACCUAUCAUGUUUUACUGUGUCCUGGGCUACAUGGGCUUCCUGGCCAUUGCCAGCUUCACUGUGGCUUUCUUCUCCAGGAAGUUACCGGACAGUUUCAACGAAGCCAAGUUUAUCACCUUCAGCAUGUUGGUCUUCUUCAGUGUAUGGCUGUCAUUUGUUCCAAGCUACCUGAGCACCAAGGGGAAAUAUGUGGUGGCUGUGGAGAUCUUCUCCAUUUUGGCCUCCAGUGCUGGGUUGGGUUUCAUCUUUUUCCCCAAAUGCUAUAUUAUUGUUCUGAGGCCUGAUUUGAACAAUAAGGAUCACCUCAUGAGGAAAAACUGCCGGAGAAGUGAAGUCUUCCGCUAA